UUACCAGACACGCACAAAGGAAAAGGCCAGAAGAGCGAUCCGACCGACGCAUCGCUCACACGGCCAUUUUGGAAGCUUCGGCGCUUCGUUGCGGAGCUUUCGCCUUCGUCGUCCUCCCGCGAGGGCCGCGCGCGCGAGAAAGAGCGAGAAAGAGAGAGGAGAGGAGAACGCGGAACUGUCUGAUCGGUACGAAAGUCGGGAGACGUACUUUCGUGGGUACGUCGUUCGGCUCGAUGUGCGCGAUAACAAUCGGUCGCGGGAGGACGAGAUAGCGUCGGGUCGCUCGGUCGAUUGAUAGCACGGUAAGGAGAAACGGGAGCGCGCGUGAGAGAGGACGAGCCCGUCGGCAGGUUCCGCCACUCAAACGAGGAAACGAAGCCAGAACUACCAUGGAGGACGACCAGCAGUUCUGUCUCAGGUGGAACAACCACCAAAGUACGCUCAUACAAAACUUCGACACACUCCUGGAAAGCGGGACGCUGGUCGACUGCACCCUGGCGGCGGAGGGGAAGACUCUCAAGGCCCAUAAAGUAGUCCUCUCCGCGUGCAGUCCAUACUUUGAGUGCCUCCUCAGCGAACACUAUGACAAGCAUCCAGUCUUCAUACUCAAAGAUGUUAAAUUCAAAGAACUUAAGGCAAUGAUGGAUUACAUGUACAGAGGGGAAGUAAAUAUUUCCCAAGACCAAUUGGCAGCACUCCUCAAAGCCGCCGAGUCUCUGCAAAUUAAGGGCCUUUCGGAAAGUAAAACUGCUGGCAGUAGUAAGACGGAGUCCAGGCCACAGAAAACCGUCUCACAACCUACAGCACCAUCGUUAGACAUUCCACACGCGUCUUCCGGUCUGACGAUAGAAAAGAACAAAGUUCCUAGGCAGAGUUUGACGCAAAGUUGCGUAGGGGAUAUACCAGAGGAUACGGCUAGUCCUCAGGUGUCGAAAGGGCUCUCCUCGAGGGAAGGUUCGCAAAGUCCAACAUCCAGAAAAAGAAAGAGAAUUCGAAGAAGAAGUUUAACCGACGAUAGUACGAUAGAAAACCAAGAUGCAUCGAAUUCCAGUGACAUACCUCAGCAAAUGGGUGUACCGGCUCUUGGUAUCGCGCCAGUGGCAGACGAGAAAGUACACGCAGAUCCAACAGACUCUCUCGGCAGGUCAGCUUUAAUGACGCAGUUGACGAAACCUGCCGACGAGAUGUUACAGCUGCCACUCGAAAAACCCGAGCCAAACGAUAAUCUCAUCGAGCCAAAGUCUGAAUAUCUAGAUGAUGCUGAGGAGGGCGUCGAAGAUCUGACGCUGGAUGACGAUAUGAACGACCUUAAUGACAUGGAACAGGACAACAAUCGAGCUGGACCUUCCCACGACUCCGCCCAACACCCCGCAGCUGGUCUUGGCUCAUGGCAUGUUACUGGUGACCGAAGUAAUGCGGGGGGUGUUGUGGGCUCUGUGGUAGGAGGUCCCGGAACGGCAGACGAGGUUUUUCUAGCAGCUCAGGAGGGCGUUCAGCGCGACUCACAAGAGAAAGAGUCAUCGCAAGAGACAAUAGCAUCCUCGGUGAAGACAGAAAGGCCAUGGGGAAAAGAAAAAAUAUUGAAGCGAAAAGAAAAGUCACCAGAGUUAAGAGGGAAUAGAUCUAAAAGAAACAGACGAGACUCAAGAGACUUAAUUGAUAUCAAGGAUGAGCCUUUAACGAGUACUGCGCAAAAUUCAGUGAGCUUUGUCGAAGAACCUUCUAAGCCUUCAACGAGUACUGCGCAAGAAUCAGUGAGCUUUGUUGGAGAACCUUCUGAGCCUUCAACGAGUACUGCGCAAAAUUCAGUGAGAUUUGUCGAAGAACCUUCUGAGCCUUCAACGAGUACUGCGCGAGAGUCAGUGAGCUUUGUUGAAGAACCUUCUAAGCCUUCAACGAGUACUGCGCAAGAGUCAGUGAUGUUUGUUGAAAAACCUUCUAAACAUUUCGAAAUUAUUUCUUUAAACGAUAGCCAGACCGAUAACGAUAACGAGAAUAUCGGCAGCGAUAACGAGAGCUCUCCGUCGUCUUGGACCAACUCGAAAGACGUCGCAAAAUUGAGGAAGAAGCACAAGUGCCCGUAUUGCGAUGCCGUUUAUGAGAGUCGCGCCAAUCUCGUUCAUCACAUCAUGACAACGUGCUUGUGUAACCCGGACUCCAAGACCAACAAGACUGCCAACUUCAAAUGCAAGCAAUGCGGCCGUAAUUAUAGUUACUUGAAAAACCUGAGAUACCAUCAGAAACACGAGUGCAACAAAACGGUGAAGUGCCCAGAUUGCGGCAAGGUCAUGCAAGGAUCAUUCAUUCCGGAACGUCAUAAGAUGAGACAUUGCGUGAACCACAAAUCAUACGCAGCGACACGUAAAACCGAAAAGCAAGAAGAAUCACCGGACGAACUUUUCAUAGACGACUCUAGCAUGGACUCUAUACCUUAAGUUAAACGGAACGAUUUUGAACUUCAGUAUUUCUUUUGGUUACAGUUGAUUACAGUCCGAUAAUAUGUAAUAAUCGGGCGAAAAAAGUUGUAUUAACUUGUAUCUUCAUGGAAUUUCUCGUUUAUUUCUCAUUCAUGGAAAAUGCUUUAAUUUAUAAAUUUUUAUUUUGUUUCAAAUUUGGAGUGAAAUUUGUCUUAUUUCUUCGAAAUGUAUUACAUUUACUUUUUUAGUCCGUCAUAAAUAUGCAAUGUUGCAAUAAAUGAAAUUUUUUUUCUAAUAAAAGAGAUAAGAAAUUCUUCCCGUGAGUAUGAUUAAAUCUUCUACGAUUAUAUAGAUGAGUAAAUUUUACUUGAAGCACAUGUGUCGUAAUUGAUGCGUUAGUGGUUAACUUAAUUUUGAAAUCGUUUGGAAAGAAAUAGUUGAAAAUUAAUUGUGACUAAUUUUUCGCCAUGACUCACGUUAUGACUCGCUGCAACUCAUAAUCUUUUUUAUUGUGCAUUUUUACAUUUUUGUUUUUGUGUGUAUGUGCACACGCGCGCUCAUCUUUUUGUAAUUUUGUAUUCAGUUUCUGGGUGUUGUUUGCUAAUAAAAAUGAUAAAUAGUGUGCACAUUUA